AUGAAUUUAACUAAUGGAUUACUUCAUAAUAAUCAAUAUAUAAGUCAUAUGUUAUCAAGUACUGUUCCUUGCACAUUAUUAUUACAAUGGUCAGAUGGACCAUAUAGUAUAGAGAUCGUAACAGAAGCUAUGUAUACUGUUAAUGCAAGUGGUGAUAAAUGUUAUUGUGUUCUUGAUUCAACAUGUGAUAUAGAUAAUCUUUUUGUUACAAUUGAAGGUAUGUGGUCAUUUGAUUUGAAACUUGAUUGCGAACUAGAUGGUAUACGAUAUGGUUGUUCGAUUAUGGAUUCUGUAUUAAAAUCAUCAUUGAUGUGUUGGUUUGAAAACACUUGUUUAAAUCAAUUACGAACAUUUGUCAGUGCAGCAAACCUUCCAAUACUUCCUUCUAUAACUCCACUUAAUUCAACAUUAUCAAGUCGAUAUUCUCCAAAUACGUCAAUUGAAAUCAUUUUUAAUGAAAUUAUGAUUGAAGAAUGGAAUUUCUCUUCAUCAUACUCAAUUUAUUAUCAAAAAUGUAAACCUUCAUCUUGUUCAUUUACUUAUGAAAAAAAGACUAGUAUUAUUUAUCUAAUUACUAUUAUUAUCAGUCUUAUUGGUGGAAUUAAUGUUAUUCUUCGAUUAUUUUCUCCAUUGAUUAUUAAAAUUAUUUUUAAAUUAUUCAUAAAUUAA